UAGUCGAGUUUAGGCAAAGACAAUACUGUACGCUGUGAAUCUACAAUUUACCCAGAAGCAUAGGAGCUCGACGUUGUGCUCAACAAUGUACUUGGUUUCUAUCCUUUUUGCCAGUUUGGCCAUCACACCGCUAGUUCUUAAAACGUUCUUCCCUUACUUCUGGAAAGAUGCAUUUUACAUCGCGAACUUGGUUCGUAUUUUGCUGAAGCUUGUUUUACGGAGGAGAAGAAAACCGUUAUUUUUGGUUUUGGACCGAUUUUUGGAGCAGUCGGUCGCGCAUGCCGACAGACCGUUCAUCGUGUUUGAAAAUAAAACCUAUUCGUAUCUGGACACGGACAAAAGAAGCAACAAAAUAGCCAAUGCUUUACAGAGGCACUCGAAGCUGCGACCGGGGGAUACCGUGGCUCUUUUUAUGGGAAACGAACCUGCCUUCAUCUUCACCUGGCUGGCCCUGGCCAAACUGGGAUGUCCCGUUGCGUUUCUCAACCAUAAUAUCAGAUCUAGAUCUCUGCUGCACUGCUUCAACUGUUGCAGCGCCAAGCUGCUCAUAGCAGCCGAAGAGCUGCAGGAAGCGGUGGAGGAGGUGCUUCCAUCCCUGAGGGAGCAGGGUGUGUGUGUCUACCUGAUGACUAAACAGUGUGACACACCUGGCGUGGAGGGGUUCUCUGACCAGGUGGAGGGAGCAUCGGACACACCUCUCCCUCAGGCCCUCCGCUCAGACAUCACCUUCAAAAGCCCUGCUGUCUACAUCUACACCUCUGGGACCACAGGUCUGCCUAAAGCAGCAGUGAUUAAUCAGAACCGGAUGCUGGUAGCCCUGUCCGUGCUGGACUCCACCGGUAUCAAACCAGGUGAUGUCAUCUACCUCAACCUGCCCCUCUACCACACCGCCGGCUUCCUCAUCGGCUUCAUAGGAUCCAUCGAGACAGGCUGCACCAUCAUUCUGAGGAGGAAGUUCUCAGCCUCGCAGUUCUGGGAUGAUUGCAGGAAGUACAACGUUACGGUGAUCCAGUACAUAGGAGAGGUGUUACGCUACCUCUGUAACACACCCAAGAGAGACAACGACAGAGAGCACAAAGUCAGGCUGGCCAUUGGUAACGGUGUGAGAGCAGAGAUAUGGAGGGAGUUCCUGAACCGCUUUGGGAGCGUCUACGUGAGGGAGUUUUAUGCUUCAACUGAGGGCAAUGUGGGAUUGAUCAACUACACCGGGAAGAUAGGAGCUAUCGGACGAGUCAACUACCUGCACCGGAAGCUGUUUCCUUAUGCUCUGAUUAAAUACGACACAGAGAGAGAUGAACCAAUCAGAGACUCUACCGGACUGUGUGUAGAAGCUCCUAAAGAUGAAACAGGACUGUUGGUGUGCAAGAUCACAGACAGUGCUCCUUUUGUUGGAUACGCUAACAGCCAGCAGACAGAGAAGAAGAGACUGAGAGACGUGUUUCAGAAAGGAGAUGUGUACUUUAACAGUGGAGACCUGCUGAAGAUAGGCCAGGACAACUUUAUUUACUUUCAGGAUCGAGUCGGAGAUACAUUCAGGUGGAAAGGAGAGAAUGUGGCCACAACUGAAGUAGCUGACAUCCUCACCCUGAUAGACUUUGUCCAAGAGGCAAAUGUCUACGGUGUUCAAGUACCAGGCAACGAGGGCAGGAUAGGAAUGGCUGCCGUCACGGUGAAGCGGGGAGAACAGUUUGAUGGCAACAAAACGUUCAGCCAUGUAGCCAGCUACCUACCGGCGUAUGCACGGCCCCGCUUCAUACGCAUCCAGAAUGCGGUGCAGGUGACGGGGACCUUCAAGCAGAUGAAGGUGAGGUUAGUGGAGGAAGGUUUCGACCCGGCAGGCAUCACAGACCCUCUGUAUAUUCUACAGGAGAGAAAUCAGAGUUACACACCAAUGACUGGCCAGAUCUACGGCUCCAUAGUGGCAGGCAUCAUCAAGCUGUGAACAGAUCUAUGGUGAUACUACUCCUGGGUCCUAUUCAUUAGGACAUGCAAUUGAAAAUGUUUCAAAAAUGUUUUGCAACGGAAAACAAAAAUGAGCAUUACUUAGUCCCUCCCUGUUUUAGUCCACGCCAGCCCUCAUUCUUUACCUGCGCAUCGUCUGAGACCGGCCACCCGGACAGCUAAUGACAUUUAGGAGUAUUUCUGUCCGUAAUAAAGCUCUUUUGUGUGGAGAAUCUAAUUCUGAUGGGCUGGGCCUGUGUUGAAGUGAUUUAAAUGUUGAAAGAUAAUGAUGAAAUAAUUCCACUCUGAAACCUUAUAACUGUAUGAAAUUGAUUAGAAUCAUACAAUUAUUAUCUGAUGGUUUUGUGUAGUUUUAGUCAGUAAAAUUAUAUAUCUGUGAGUGUAGUUUUAGUCAGAAUUAGGGUUAAACAAUAUAUCUGUACAAUAUGUCUUUAGAGUAUCUUAAACACAGACUCUCUGAGCAAAAUUCAGUGCCGACCUGGCUAGAGGUUUGGGAGAGGACAAGGAGUACUUCUCAAGGUCUCCCUAAUCUUUGUUGGCUGGGUAAUGAUACAGUAUGUGUGUAGGAUACCUACUGUUUGUGUGUGAAAGUAUGUGCGUAGGAUACCUACUGUUUGUGUGUGAAAGUAUGUGCGUAGGAUACCAACUGUUUGUGUGUGAAUGUAAGUGCAUAAGGAGCCAGUAUAAAAUGAAUGGUUUUGUACAACGGACUAGCGCUGUCAUGAAUAAACAUUUUGACUAUCAUA